AUGGGUCCCCUGGGCGUUCCUCAGCCACCAGAAACUUCUUGCGAACGGUGUCGCAACUUGGAGCUGGAAUGCAUUGUUGAGCGGACAAGUCUAGGGAGGCCAACUGGAAAGUCCAACCAGCGAAAAGCCCCACAAAGCCAACGGUCGGCGUCUCUGAAGGAUCCAGAUCCAAAAGAGGAUGACGUCGCUAGUGCCCUCUCGGAUCUGGACAUAAAGGAACAUUUGUUCUCUAAAGGCGAAGACGCAGAUUCUCCGCUUAACAAUGGCAAUGAUCAAUCACAACAACCGGCCAAGAAGACCGUUUUUCGGUCCAUGACUGAAGUCAAUGCUUUCAUGUCUUCUGUUCUGGAGAAAGAUGCCAGAUUCGGAUCCGAAAUUACUCAACCAACGACGCGCUGGCGUGGAUCUCUGUCAGAUCUUGUCAGCAAGGAUAUGACCAUUCUACUAGACAAUUAUUUAUCUUGGCAUCGGUUUCUUCUCCCGAAGCUGCCCACUCUUGCCGACCUAAGAAACAGGUUGAUCUCAGAAGAAUUGUCAACUGGCAAUCAUGCGACGAGCCUUCUCUUUGCCAUUCUUUGCAUGACAUCCUUCGAUACAGCUGAAGGGUUCUCCAAACAAUAUCCAAAACUGAAACAAAGCCUCCAACAUGCCGUUUCAUCAUACGGACAAGAAUUCACUAUUUGCCCACCAACUCACCCAGAUUCUAUCACUGUCUGUCUCUUCCUGAUUGAGUUCCGGCCAACUAUGCUGUCCACUUGUCAGUUUGUUGCGCACAAGGCAGUCAGUCCUGGCAUAUACAUCAAUCUGGCCUAUAGAAUUGCACAACGACUUUCCUUGCUACCCGCACCGGACACCUCUAUAUUCCACCAGCUCAUGAACCCGCAGGCUCCAAACUUCGAGCGAUGCUUCGCCAACUCCGUGCAAGAGCUCAGAAUUCUUUCGCUCGAAUGUUGUCUAGAUGGCUACCUGGCACAGCCUCUUCCAAAGAUGCGCAGGCUGAUCCAGCACAUACGGCCUCAUAUCAAUGCUUAUCAACAUCUCUUACAACAACGAGAGUGCUCACCAAGAGUGGUAUUCCACAUCCAAUGGAACAUGUCAUUUUAUCUAAUGAUAGAGGGGCUCAUAAAUGCAAAGCAGUGCUGGAGUACCCCGGAAAGGUUGUUCCUCGUCGUGGAAGACAUGGAAAGGAAGUGCUUCGAGCAAAUCAACGUCUCAAAUUGCCUCCUAGUGGACCCUUCCAGCCAAGGAGAUUUGGAGGAUAUACCAGCUGCUCGCUCCCUGCUUGAGAUGAAAUUCCACAGAGUGUUUGCCGGAAUCUGUGGUCUCGGCUUAUUCUAUGCUGCCGUGCAGAGAAAAAGACUCUUCGAAGGAGAAAACAUUGAAGAUCCCGAAGUCCAUCCAAAAGAGUCCCUGCACAUCGUGGACCAAGUCGCCGAAAGCGUGAAAAGUCCACCCAACGCUCCAGGCCAGGCUUUUUCUGUAUUUCUCCAACGCUUUGGGACAAGCUAUCCCGAUCAACUCGUGCGCGUCUUGGAAGUAUUCCUGGAGUGUGCGGAAUCGAAGCUCGGCGGCAUUACAUUCAAAGCACCCAUCCAACAAGUCCUCUACGAGAUCAUCUUCGUAUGUAAAAACAUUGUUGAAAACAACUUGGUCCAAGUACGGGUUUUCGGACGCCUCGCACGGAAUUUCGAGAAGCAAAUGGAUGUAUUUCCUAGAUGCGCGAGUUACAUCGGUAAGAUGGCCGCGUCACCGUGGACAUCAACUGAGUCUGCCUUUGCGACUGGUUGCGUUUAUGCCGCGGGUAGCAAGAUUAUCUAUGCAUUUCACAAUAUUCUUGAACGGCUGAGGGAGGAGGUAGCCAAGGGCGCACAGUGCGAUGGAAAUCUGGAACUGUUCCAUACGCCCCCUGAUUUGAGUGAUUGUUCUUCCAUGGGUAUGGACUUUGAUAAUUCCUCUUGGGAUGCAUGGAAUUUAUGGCCUCAUGUGGGGUCGUUCAGUCCUUUUGAGACUUCGCUGGAGCAUUUCGAUUUGGUGCCGGAAUUGAACUGGGACAGCCUGAACUAUGACAGUUAUUCUGAACCAAUGAAUCUUUAUGGCAUGUAA